UUCAUUGUGUGUCUGGUGUAACCGUGUAAAAAUCCCAAAGUUGUGACAGUAGUAAAUCUGGGUCUACAAUGAAAGUUGACCUUGCGCCUUGCGGAAAAUAAAUCCUUUGUAAUGACUCAAAACACUAAACCUGUUGAACCGGUUGGAGAGGGAAGUGCAGCAACACACACACACACACACACACACACACACUCACACACACCUGGUGCAGUGAAUGAGUGACGUCACCACCACCCGCUUCAAUGAGAUGAGGAAUGAGGAAGACGACUCCAUCCACCGAGUAGGGAAGAUAGAAGUCAUUAUUAAAAGCAGUUUAUUGUCUAAUUAUCUGAGGUGUCAUUUUCUGCAGUUAACUGAAGCCUAAUUCGUUUAUAAAUCAAACACCAUUACCUGGGAACUGGAGUGAUGGUGCGCAGCUGUGCCAGCGACUGGUGCGCUCGGUUUGUGGAGCGACACCGGUCAGGGCUGAAUUUUGCGCUGCUGGUUGUCGGGUACAUCUUCUACCUCAUCAUCGGCGCCGGGAUCUUCUCCGCCAUCGAGCUGCCCUACGAGCAGGAGCUCCGCCAGGAGCUGAAGGCGGCUCGGCAGGACUUCCUGAGCAACAACACCUGUGUGUCCGACGCGCGCCUGGAGGAGCUGCUUAUCCGCGCGCUGGAGGCCAAUAACUAUGGAGUGUCCGUGCUGGGUAAUGACACCGACCGAAACUGGGACUUUGUGUCCUCCCUGUUCUUCACCAGCACCGUGCUGACCACCACAGGUUAUGGCCACUCUGUCCCUCUCUCAGACGAAGGGAAGGCCUUCUGUAUCUUCUACUCCCUCUUCGGCAUCCCCGUCACCCUCUUCUUCCUCACUGUUGUGGUGCAGAGGAUCAUGGUCGUGGUGACUCGGCGUCCAGUGGCCUAUUUCCACCGGCGAUGGGCCAUGUCUAAAUCGAAGCUAGCCACCAUACAUGCCAUCUGCCUGACCCUCAUCAUGACCCUGUUCUUCCUCAUCAUCCCCGCGUGGAUCUUUGUCAGCCUGGAGAAGGAGUGGGACUUUCUGGAGUCUCUGUAUUUCUGUUUCAUCAGUCUGACGACCAUUGGCCUCGGGGAUUAUGUCCCUGGAGAGACCCGCAGUAAGGAGGAAAACCCACACCCACACCUCUACAGGCUGGCCAUCACAGUCUACUUGCUGCUGGGCUUGGUCUUCGUCCUGGUGGUGCUGGAGACGUGCUGCGAGCUGCCCCAGAUGAAACGCUUGAGACAGAGGUUCUACCGUGAAAAAGUUCGCGAGCUGGACUCCGAGACCGCCAACAUCAUCGACCGGGAUCAGCUGAGCAACCCUGUGGACCACAUGACGGAUCACCAACCAGUCAUCCCGUCUGUGUCAGAGCAGGCUGCGUCCCUACAGCAGGACAGCAAGUCACCAACGCCUUACCAAGCACCAGGGUCUGCUGUGAAGGAACUGAGAUGACAAACUAUCCUGAAAACAUUUUAUUUGCAUUCAUGGCUGCUCAGGACACACCGGCUUUGACCUUUGCCUAAUGUGUAUGAAGGAGCCUGAGCACGCUUGUGUGUAUAUCUACAAUUACUUAAUCCCUUUGAAAAUGUCUCUCUGCCUUUGCCAACACCAACAGACAUUAGUGGCGUAAAAGCAGGAACCACCCACAGACUAUCAGGAUGGCAUUGUUUUCUUGUUCUCCCCUGUAGCUCCAUUCCCUGCAGAUAAGAGCUAGGUCCGUGACACAGAGGAAGGGCCGGGCCCCUGAACGGAGGGAAACCCCACAAGGUUACACUUCCUGCCAAAGUCUUGAUGCCGUAAUUCUGAAGUGGCACAGUUUGCUCUAGAGGAUUUCACACCCACUCUUUGCACUUUGUAUAAUCUAUGGUGGGAUUUGCAUAGGAAAUUUGCCUUCUUGGAAGUAGCAUGAAAGCAGCAGCAGGGGAAUCAGGUGUGUCAUCAGCUGGCCUACUGUGCAGCAUGUGCAUCGAUUCCAAGAAGAAAAUAUGAACUGUGUGGGGAAACUGCAGCCUCCAUAAUCACCAUACAGUUGAAUCAGCACCACCUUAAAACAGUUUCAACUAAAACUAAACACUGUAACCUUUAUAGAGAGAGAGUUUGUUGCAGAACUGUUGUUGUAUCAGAGUGCUUGUGUUCCAUUGGGGUAUUCAUACUGCAGUGUGUGCCUUUGACCACCAGAGGGCAGCACUUUCAUUCCACAUACAAAAGGAAGCUUUACAGGAGGUUUGUCGUUGCUGGGAGUUCUUCUGUCUUGCUGCUCAGGGGAGUGUUUCUUGAAAAUAUAAUAAGUUUGCAAGAAUAUGUCAUUGCUAAGGUGAGGGAGCAUGUUGCUGUUUUUAUUAUCCAUUUUACACACAAGCUAGCAAAACAGCUUCAGGCAAGACACCCCAGGCAAAAAUUGUUUUUCAGGCACUGGUCUAAUUUUGAGGUUACGUCAGAAACGUCCAAAAUACCCAUUAAGGUGUGUUUUUCCCUUUAUGGUUGCAAAUCAAAUACUUGAGUAAUGUUAAAGAGUUCCUUUUCAUCAUCUUUACAAAUGAUUAAGUCACUAUGAUUUGAUGUGAUCAGUUCACACUUAAUAGAUCAGCCGUUAAGCAAUGUUACUUCAUACAUGAAUUUGUAUGAGACUAAAUUAGCUGCUAUUAGAGUUUAUCCCAGGGCCAUGCUAUUGUGCAGCCUCUCUUAAAGCAGAACAAACCUGUUAUCAUAAACCUGCGCCAUAUCUUAGCUGGUCCUAGGACUGUGCUCUUCUGGACAGAGACCUCAGAUGUCUGUACCUGGACUCUGCUGGAGCUGCUCCUCCAGUUUCCCCAGAGCUCCAGUUACCACUGGCAACACUGUUGUCUUUACCCCCCACACCUUUUCUAGCUCCUCUGUCAGCCCUUGGUAUCUUCCGAGCUUCUUGAGUUCCUUCUUCCUGAUGGUUGCUGACGCUUGGGAUUGCUCAACACGAUGUCUGGUUGCUCAGCCAUUGCCAGUUUGUCUGAAUCUGAAGUCCCACAGGAUCUUAGCUCGGUCACUCUCAGCCACCUUAGGAGGUGUCUUCCAUUCUGACCUUGGGACUUCCAGCCCAUACUCAGUGCAGAUGCUCCUGUACACUAUGUCAGCCACUUGGUUAUGGCAUCCCAUGUACGUCCCUUGUACUGAACUGUCUCAGGAGCAUCUUUGCACAGCCUGCACCUGGGGUCCUGUCUGCUGUGGUAGUCCCCCGCUUCCUACUAAGUGGCUGUUCCUGUGCUGCCAUGAUUAGUGCUUCUGUCUUUCAGUCCGGCCCUUUUCAGCCACUGGUGGGAUUUCUUGAUGUCGGCCACUUCUUCAAUCUGUCCGUGGUACAUGCCGUGCAGUGGCUUGGUUCAUCCUCCUCUUCUGCAUUCACAGGUUUCUGCUGCCUGAGGCGUUCACUCAGCAGCUCAUCUCUGGGGGCCGUCUUCCUGAUGUAUUCCUGGAUCUUGGUUGUUUCGCCUUGGACAGUGGCUCUGAUGCUCACCAGUCCUCGGCCUCCCUUGUUCCGCUUAGUGUACAGGUGUCUCAGGGUGCUUGACUUGGGAUGAAACCCUCAAUGCAUUGUGAGAAGCUUCCUUGUCUUCAUAUCAGUGGCCUCUAUCUCCUCCCUUUAUACAUAUAUGCAACCUAACGGGUGGAUUGAAGCUCUACCCCCCAUAGGUUGUAAAUGAAGUAACACAAAAGUACUGUUCUGCUUUAAAGGGCCAGUGUGUAAUAUUUGGCAUGGUUUAUUGUCAAUCAGAAUCUGAAUCUGAAUAUUCUACCCAUUAAUAUGUUUAUACAAGUGUAUAAUCACUAUAAAAUAAAAUUUGUUUUGUUUUCGUAGCCUUAUAAUUAUGCUUUUAUAUAUAUAUAUAUAUAGCAAGGGCCUUGCUUUAGAGAGGUCACCAUUUUGCGCCGCCAUGUAUGUACGGCAGACCAAGCGGACAAUCCAGCCAGCCAGAGCGAGUGAGCCCUGCAAUCUAGAAUUUGACCACUGAUGUCACUGUUUUCAACGGUUUUCAACCCAUUUUACACACUGGCCCUUUAAGAGAAGCUGAGCAAAUGCACUGCUCUGAAAUAUACUUCAGUAUAAGUGGAAUCCAGCUGACAUGGUUGUGUAUCAUUUAAUGUAAGUAACUGUGAAUUAACAUUCCUUAGUUGAUGAUCUAAUAAGUGUGGGCUGCUCACAUCAAGUCAUAGUGACGUAAUCAUUUGUUAAUGAUGAGCAACAGGAAGUCAUGACACAGUAUCACGAGUCAUGUAGUUUGAUUUUGAUUUGAUUUUUACCAUUAUUAUACAACCUUUAUUUAAGUUCAGAUUUCUGCUCUGGAAAUGUAUGCAAAAUGUGUGUAUUUAAUUAGAUAAUGCUGUAUUUGCAUAUUUAAACAACAUUUUAAAAACCUGUAAUACAAGAAGUUUCAUGGUGAUAUCUAAAUGUUUAAACUUUUACGCUGUUCAACUGUAGUGUUUUUAAAAUGUAUGAUAUUUUACAUUUACAUUUUUUCUCAUACCCUGACCCAGAAAUCUUCACUUCAGUAUCACUUAAAUAGACCAAACUUUAGUUUUAUUUCUGUCUAUAUCCUGAAGGUUUUAACUAGGGCCGCCACGAUUAGUCGACUAAUCGAUGACUAAUCGACUAUUAAAAUAAUCGGUGAUUAUUUUAAUAGUCGACUAAUCGGUUUGAGUCAUUUUUCAUAGAAAAGUACUAUAAAAGUACCCCAAAAUACUCUUCUUGCAGCUUCUUACAUUCAGAUAUAGAGUGUGCCAGGGCUGACGCCAAAACCCGGAAGUUUAGCAUCGCGCUGGUUCCCGGAAGAGAAAGUGAAUGUGAUUUUUGCAUUGUGUUUUGGAUUAUGUCAGAAAAUAAGCCCUUAACACAAGUUUAUGAUACUUACAGGUUUUGUUCAGCGAGAUAAUCUUCACAUAUGAACACCUUUCAUACUGCAUUUGAAGCUUAAAUGCAAUCGCCAGAAGUAAAAAACUAACAUUAGGCUUUAACGGACUACAUGACUACUCCACAGGCGCAUGACUCUUGAUGUCACCGCCACUAAGCUUUCAACUGAUUUCGGCCGCUUUAUUUUAAAAACAUUGUAUAAUGGGGAAAUCGGACUGUUUAAGCUAAAUAAGAAGCUGUAAUGGCGGACUGCCAGCACUCUUGCCUGUUCGGGGGUGAUGACGUUUAAUGUCCCUGACAGGGUUUGUAGUCAUAUUGAACAACUCGUUAGCAACCGCCUUUUUUAUGACAUGUAAAGGCUUCAGAAUUCAGUAGGGUAUUUACUGACGUGUUUUAUGUCGUAGAACAAAACCUGAAACUUGUUUAAGCUUUUGUUAACCACAGACCUUAUUUGAGGCAUUUUACCAAAAUCUCAUUCAAAAAACAUAUUGACUUUUAGACGAGAGAACCGGAAGUGCUAAAAGCGCUAACAGAGUUCUGGGUUUACUGGCACACUCUAUUGGCAGCUUUACACACUCUCCCGUGACAGUGAACUAAAACCCUUUGGCGUGAGUGUGAAACAAGACAUUAGAUGAUGUAAUUUUGGGGUUUGGGCGAGACAGACUGACAUUUUUCAACAUUUUAACACAUUUUUCAAUGGAAUGAUUAGUCGACUAAUCGAAGAAAUAAUCAACAGAUUAGUUGACAAAGAAAAUAAUCGUUAGUGGCAGCCCUAGUUUUAACAGAGGCGUUUGUUCAUAUAUUAUUCAUAGCCUGGUUUAUAUAACAUUUUAUUCCUAAAAACAUGGCAAAAUGGAUUUUUAUGGCUGAAGAUUUUGAACCUUAAUGUAUCCAAAGUUCACAUUUUUUGUUCUGGAAACUGAUGCAAAUCAGCAUAUAUUUUAUUAGAUAAUUCCUUAUUGCCAUAUUUAAACAUAAAAUUCCAGAAAACUUGAAUACAAACAUAUAAUUUCUAAAUAUAAAUGACCAACUGUGGAAGUUUCAUGGUGUUAUCUCCAUUCACCUGGAGUGUCUCAAAAAUACAUGACAUUUUACAGUACAUAUAUUUAUAUUUUAUAUUUAUCAUUUUCUUGAAAUAUUUUUUUAUACCCUGAAUCAGAAUCUUUACUUCGGUGUCACUUAAAGACAUCAAACUUUAGUUUUAUUCCUGACUGUCUAUAUCCUCAAGGUUUUUAUAGAGGGGUUUGUUCAUAUAUCAUCCAUAGCCUGAUUCAUAUAAAAUUUUAUUCCUAAAACAUGGCAAAGUGGAUUUUUUAUGGCUGUUGACAGUAUUUUCUGAUUUAUAGAGUGAUUAAAAAAAAACAGAUUCCUAAAUUUUCCUCUGUAAAAACAUUUGACUCUAAUGUGCCGAUAAAAUGAAACAAAAUUUUUGAAUCUUAAUUUAUCCAAUGUUCACGUUUGUAUUCUGGAAAUGGAUGCAAAUCAGCGCAUAUUUUAUUAGAUAUACCUUAUUUGCAUAUUGUUAAUAGUGUUACCUGUAUGUUAAAAGCUUUAAUCCAUUGACUUGGGGUGUCUUUCCUUAAAAAUAGCUUCAAAUCACAAAAGUCAAAGUAAACAACUUCUCCAAAGAUGAUUUUCCUGCUGUUUUCAUUGUCAUUUUGCUGGUUUUUGGGUUUCAAUGAAGAGCUGAACUCUGUUAAGGUUGUUUUUAUAAAAUCCACUUAGCAUUGUGGGUAAAGUGUAAAUAAACAAGCAACAAUAAA